AUGGACGGCAAUUACUGUACUAUGGCGGAGACCUUCUUUAACGUCUGUGGACAUGUAGUAACGGUGAUUGAACAUCACAGUGAGUGUACGAUUCCACAAGGAAACCCAUACCACAUUCCUACUGUUCCUACUGCACACAAAGGACAACAGCUCAAGCUAUCUGGCCACAGCUUGACCAGCCUUGGAUGGGCUGGUGCGCAGAUCACAGAAAGCAAGUGCAUUCAUUGUGAAGCGGUUGAGAGAAAGAUACGGUUUGUUCCACCCCCGAACACGUGGAUGUCUGAUCUUGAAGCGGGGGAGCACAAGGCUCUCUCUUCCGCCGAGCUUGGAUCACGAAAAGAGUUUUGGAAAAACUUCGUGUCUGACUUUGCCAUUCUGUCCCAGAGACAGAACGACUUCAACAAAGAGCUUCAAGCCGACGUGAAAAUGCUCGAAGACUACGAUGCAGAAUUUGACAAUACAAUCUACACAGAAGGACGAGGCCCAUUGGAGUGGAACGUGGAUUUAACAGGGAUGAAACGAGACUUCUAUGAUAUCGAACAACAUUUCUACCUCAAAAGAAUUAGAUCAAUGGGAAACCUAGAGAUGGUGUAUCUCUAUGAUCCCUUUAAUUUAUCACCUCUUUCGCAUUCUAUCCUCUAUCCUGUCAAACCUGACGAAAUCCCCAGUGGGGAAAGAUGUGGGUAUUGCAGAGAGGUCAUGGAUUCUGCUGAGCAGAGUGACAAUGUGCAACUGUCGUGUCCGAUUUGUCAAAAAACUGUCCAUAUGUAUGCACCUGUAUAUGACGACACGUGGUAUCCAGAAGAACACAUCUGCGAAGAGUUGGUGGAGCAUAUGACUGAAACGUUUUCGGCGUUCUCGGGUGGGAAUGGGGCGAUCUAG